UGCGCAUACUGAAACAGUGGGGCUCUCCGGUCCAUGGAGGGGCCCACUCAGGCCCCAGCUGGAACUUCAGGACCUUAGAACGGGGCCACAGUCACAGGAAACAUUGAUACGAAUGACGAAGACGAAGGUCAUGCUUCACUGUGGAGCGUGUUCAGUUUCUGCGAAAACCUCUGAGAGAGUCAGAGCUCCCCUCCUCCGUCAUCAGAGAAUAUGAUGGAGGGUGAUGCUGAUACCUGGAGCUGGUCUGGAGGUCAUGUGGAGGUCCAGAGACGGGAGGACUGGAGGACUGGAGGACUGUGGUACUGUGAGGGGAACCAUGUUUAUGGUAUCAUACUUAAUUAUUCUCAUUAGAAACACAGACUAUUUUUGUGGAUUCAUCUUCAUCAGGCCAGACUUCACUGAUGUGGAUUCACACCCUGCUCGGGGCCCUAUAAAGGCCCCUCCCUGCCUCCUCAUUGGCCUGGUCCAGUCGGGAUUCCCAUAGUGGAGCCCCGCCCUCCGCUGCUGGAAGGAGGAGUUGGUGCUGAGGACCGAGAACAAUCAGGCUUCAUCAGGCUUCUCCAGUGGGACCCCUCCACCCAGACUGCUGCCGGACUCUGUGAGACUAGUUUCAGUCAAGCGGAGCUGCUGGUUCAGGACGCCUCCUUGUCUCUGGAAGUUGCGGGUCUUGGCCGCGGUCAGGAUGGACGCAGAUGCCCCGGUCAACUGUAAGAUAGUGGUUGUCGGAGACAGUGAGUGCGGGAAAAGCGCUCUGUUGAACGUGUUCGCCAAAGACUGCUUCCCUGAGUGCUACGUGCCCACGGUGUUUGAGAACUACACGGCCAGCUUCGACCUGGACCUGCAGCGGGUGGAUCUCCGGCUGUGGGACACCUCAGGUUCUCCCUACUACGACAACGUGCGUCCUCUCUCCUACCCUGACGCUGAUGCAGUCCUCAUCUGCUUUGAUAUCAGCAGACCAGAGACAUUAGACAGCGUCCUCAAGAAGUGGAGAGCAGAGGUCCAAGAGUUCUGUCCCAACACCAAGGUGCUGCUGGUGGGCUGUAAGUCAGACCUGCGCACAGACCUCUUCACCAGGUCCCACAGCAGACACACUCCAGUCUCCUAUGAUCAGGGCUCCAACACAGCCAAGCAGCUGAGCGCCCCCUACCUGGAGUGUUCGUCUCUGCAGUCUGAGAACAGUGUCAGAGACAUCUUUCACGUGGCCACGCUGGCCUGCAUCAACGAGACCAGCAAGAACAUGAAGAGGAGGAAGUCCUCCAGAGCCACCAAGAGGACGUCUCACAGUGGGAGAGACGUGUCCACUGGAGUAACGACUCACUAUCAGCAGACCAAAGCUAAAAGCUGUGCUCUCAUGUAAAACACUCACCAGAGGACAGUGCUGGAGUGGACUCAGCACGUGGACCGUCUGUUUUAAGGUCUGGACUUCAUCUCAACAUGGAGCAGGUGUGACGACUGAUUUGGUGCCCAGCAGACCUUAUGGAGACAAUGGACUGGCAGAAUACUGUGACUCCCAGUACAGACUACUUUGACUCCAGUACAGACUACUGUGACUCCAGUACAGAAUACUGUGACUCCCAGGACAGGCUACUCUGACCCAGUAAAGACUACUUUGACUCCAGUACAGACAGGGGCUGCUCGAUUAUGGCAAAAAUCAUUAUUCAAUCAUUCAAUUCAAUUUAUUCAUUAUUGAUCAAAAUCAUGAUUAUUUUGAGCAAUAUUGAGAUCACAAUUAUUCAGCACGAUUUCUCAUUGACUUUGGAAAAAAACAGAAAAAAAAAGAUUUCAAAACAAAAAGCGCUGUGUCUAUGUAGUUAUUCCUGUUAUACACAACAUAAGUUAAAGAUAUCUGAGCAUGAGUCUGUACUCCCGGUACAGACUACUGUGACUCCAGCGUAGAAUACUGUGACUCCCAGUACAGACUACUGUGACUCCAGUAGAUACAACUGUGACUCCAGUAGAUACUACUAUGACUCCAGUACAGGAUACUGUGGCUCCAGUACAGAAUACUAUGACUCCCAGUCAAGACUACUGUGACUCCAGAACAAACUACUGUGACUCCCAGUACAGACUAAUGUGACUCCAGUACAGAAUACUGUGACUCCCAGUACAGAUUAAUGUGACUCUGGCACAGAGUACUGUGAUUCCAGUGUUCUGAUCCAGAUCCAGGUCAGCGCGGCCUGCCUUUAUAUACAUGUCACAAGAAUAAAUGGUAAAUGAACCGCACUUAUACACAGCUUUUCUAGUCUUAUGGACCACUCAAAGAACUUCCCACCACACAUUCACCCAUUCACUACUGUGACUCCCAGUACAGACUAACGUGAUUCCAGUUCAGAAUACUGUGACUCCUAUUACAGACUACUGUGACUCCCAUUACAGACUACUGUGACUCCAGUACAGACUACUGUGACUCCCAGUACAGACUACUGUGAAUCCCAGUACAGACUACUGUGACUCCGGCACAGAGUACUGUGAUUCCAGUGUUCUGAUCCAGAUCCAGGUCAGCGCGGCCUGCCUUUAUAUACAUGUCACAAGAAUAAAUGGUAAAUGAACUGCACUUAUACAGAGCUUUUCUAGUCUUAUGGACCACUCAAAGAACUUCACAUCACACAUUCACCCAUUCACACACAUUUAUACAAUUAAUUAACAAUGAAUAAUUUAGUCAUUUUAGUUCAUCAACUUGGCCGAGGACACUUUACCUCAGUGAUUGGACCUCAGUUAUCUGACUUCAGUGUACCCAUUAGGUAUCCAGAUGUUUUUCCUGAUCCAGAUUCCCUUCCUCAGGACCUCUGAACUGGGACAGAGACAUGUUUGGGCGUCUUUGACUGUUCUAUUGUCUGUUUUUACCUUGUAUUUGUUGUGAUAUGAGAACCUCAGCCUGCUCCAGAGGACACCAUCACAAGAGCAGGGACUGGUACUGGUUCAACUGUGAAAACAAGCAGGAAAUGAGCGUGGACUGAUGAGCUUCAUUAUCUGAAGCCUGACCUUCUCUGUGUGUGUUUUUGUAAUAUGAUUGGGAGCCAAACACUCCACUUAUCCUUUGAGGUAGGUGAAGCAGUGCUUUCCUUCGUGUCUGGGUAUUAAAGGUUUGCAUGCAGUGAAUUCUUCCUGCUGAUAUUUUGUCUGUCCUGUUAUCCUGAGAUGAAAACAGGUGAUGAAAAUCUGAGAACAUCCUGAGAUCUUCUGCACUGACAAUCCACAUUCGUCAGUAAAUGACCCUUCACUGACACUGUAGUUGAUUCUGUGACGGUUUCUGCAAAACCACUGCUGUUUCAGCUCUUUGUCAGCUGUCACAUUUAGAUUUAUGUGAAGGAAAUGAGUCAGUUACUUUUGUUGUAUUUCCACCAGGAAAAACAAAGUUCAGUAUGAUGUUGAAAAUGUGACAUGAAUUGAUAAUGUGAGAUAUUAUGUCAAAUAUUCUCCUUUUUAAGUCUAAAUGAUGGUAAGAAAUCAGAAGUUUAACUUGUUUGUUGUUGUUUUGACUCAACAUGAGUAUUUGUACUUUUGCUCAGAGAGACCUAAAGCUCCACUAACAGCCACAUUAACACUGUGGAGACACUGGUCCACAGACCUGAGUCUUGUUGGAGGGUCUCAUAACAAAAUUCAACUGAAUGAAACCCUCUGUCACUGCAGGUCUUCAUGAGGAGUCUCAAUUUCAGAUGAUGUCAGACCACCGUUCCCUCUGUGUAGGUGUAGCGUUAACGCCAUAUUUUAGGAUUUACUCUCGUUGAAAUGGGGCACCAGUCCUCUGGGAGGACAACAAUGAAUUACUUCAUUGAUAAAUUUAUCAGUUUCAUAUCGGAAGCCAUGACG